AUGGCACUUGUGGCGAAUUAUGACUUGGAGCUGCAUUCAAUGGACGUUAAAAUGGUUUUCCUAAACGGGAAUAUGGAUGAGGAUAUUAUAUGCUGCUUGACGAGGUCCUUUGACCCAAAUUUGAGCCUGCAAGUAUUUAAGGCAUUGUUGGCCCUCUUAGAGAUUGUUUUAUCCUCGAUUGAGAUAGGAUCAACAAAAUACUGGGGCCAUCUCGCAAGGUACCUCUCCAAAUAUAGUAAGCCCUGCAAGAAAGUUUACUUGACGACAACACCACAAUGUUCCUAUCCUGACAAAUAUCUUUGCUAUGCUCUUAAUACCAGUCUUUGUGACUAUGUUUGUGUUCAAUUCUAUAACAACCCUCAAUGUGAGUACAAUUUUGGUAUUCUCACAAAUAUUUUGAAUUCUUGGAAGCUAUGGAUGACGAACGUUCUGGCCAAGAAGUUCUUCUUAGGCCUACCUGCAUCUUCUAAUGCAACAGGUAGUGGAUUCAUACUUGCAGAUGUGCUAACCUCUCAAAUCCUCCUAGUGACCAAGGCUUCCUUCAAGAAUGAAGGUGCCAUGCUCUGGUUAUGCCUCACAAGGAGAAAACGAGUCUUGAGCUCUACGUUGAGCUUAUUAAGGAGUGCACUUGCUCGCUGCCAGCAUUAUAUUAGGAUUUAG